AUGACGUCCUUCAGGAUGCUGACUGGCCUCACUUUGCUGGCAUUGUCUGCGGCAGAAGACUUGACCAAGCAUGUUGAUGUCUUCAUGGGAACACAAAGUGGGGGCAAUGAUUUCCCCGGAGCUGCAAGACCAUUUGGCAUGGUCAAACUGGGCCCUGAUCUUCUCCAGUCCGGUACAGAUUCAUAUGCGGGAUAUCUACCCAAUGGCAAGUUCUCCGGCUUCAGUUUGAUGCACGAACAGGGUACUGGAGGUGCUCCCAAGUACGGUACUGUCUCGCAGUUGCCGUUGGUAGGCAACGUCACGGAUCCUCUGUCUAACAUCACUGUCGCUCGGUCUGGAACCGAUGCAGGCUCUGUUGGAUACUACAGGGCCCAGACAGCAGAUGGUGUUGAGGUUGAGCUGAGUGCUUCUGCUCGGGCAGGAAUCUACCGGUAUACAUUCCCGAGUAACUCGGAAAACAACAUCUUGGUGGAUGUUUCACAUGUACUGCCGUCGUUCCGUGGCCAAGGGCUUGGUCAGAACUAUGAAGGUGGGAACUUGACCAUCUUUGCCGAUGGGCAUUAUGAAGGUCUUGGAACCUACAACAAUGGAUGGAACGAGGCUCCUGAUUGGAAAAUCUACUUUUGCGGCUACUUCGAAUCCGAUGCAACAAGCAACAAGACAUACAUCGCAACAGGUGCUGCUCCUAGCAUCGAGAAGCCGGGUGGCUCUGUCUUUUCCACUUCGGAUUCCACUCGAAUUGGUGCAUUGUUCACCUUCAGUGAAGAAGAAAUCAUUUCUCGUGUCGGGAUCUCAUGGAUUUCCACGGAGCAAGCCUGCGACAACGUGAAUCAGGAGAUUCCAACGGGCACGAGCUUCGCUUCGGUUGUCAGCGAAGCCGCUUCUGAAUGGAACGAAAAGGUUCUAUCCAAGAUCACCACGACCAAUACCAAUGACACCAGCCUGAGUUUGCUUUACACAUCUCUCUACUUUAUGCAUCUCAUCCCCACGAACCAAACAGGCGAGAAUCCCGGCUGGGAGUCAAAAGAGCCAUAUUAUCAGGAUAUCUUCACAUUCUGGGAUUUAUUCCGCUGCUCUACCUCUCUCAUGCAAGUCCUGCAACCAACUGCCUACGAGGAACAAAUCCGGUCUCUGAUCGACAUCUGGCAACACGAUGGCUAUCUUCCUGAUGCACGGUCAUCCAACUACAACGGCCGUUCACAAGGCGGCUCCAAUGCCGACAAUGUUCUUGCCGACGCUUAUGUCAAGGGGGUACGCGGGUCCGUGAAUUGGGAAGACGGCUACAAAGCCAUGGUCAAAGAUGCCGAAGUCACGCCUCCAAAUAACCCCGUCGACCCCUUGGCGCCAGACUCUUCUACACACGAUGGCCGUGGUGCAUUGCCCGACUGGAUCAGUCUUGGAUACAUAACGCCGAAAUACAGCCGUGCUGUCAGUCGUGCUGUCGAGUACGCUGCUAAUGACUUUAGUCUGUACCAGGUUGCGUCUGGAUUGAAGAAGGGGCAAGAUGCGAAGAAGUACCUCAAUCGAUCUCGCAAUUGGCGUAACCAUUGGAAUCCCAAGCAAACCUCGCUUGGGUUCUCGGGUUUCGUCGUCCCCCGGAAUUCCACCGGCUUCAUCGAGACUGAUCCGUUAGCAGAUAGUGGCUACUGGGGAGAUCCAUACUAUGAAGCGAACUCGUGGGCCUAUUCCUGGGCGGAUGUGCAUGAUAUGCAGCAUCUGAUUAAAUUGAUGGGAGGUGCUGAGACAGUGGUCAACCGGCUGAAUACCAUGUUCACCGAGGGUGCGAGUGGAUCGAGUGGCAUUAUCUUCGAUUCUACCAACGAACCAAUGUUCAACAUCCCAUACCUAUACAACUACGUGGGUCGCCAGGACCUCUCAGUCUCUCAGUCCCGAAAAGUUGCCAAAAGUGACUAUUCCACCGGCGUGUCGGGCCUCCCGGGCAACAGCGAUGCCGGAGCCAUGCAAACAUGGCUGCUAUGGAAUAUGAUCGGUCUGUACCCGAUCACCGGACAAACUACUUUCCUCAUUCACUCGCCCUGGUUUGCGUCAAUGACCAUCGAUCUUGGCGGUACCAAAAAAUUGAAAGUCACCUCGACGGGUGGUGAUGGCAACGGUGAUAAGGAUUUCUACGUGCAAAGUUUGAAAGUCAACGGCAAGCCGUGGAAGAAGAAUUGGCUGACUUGGGAUGAUAUCUUCGCCAAUGGGGGCACACUUGAGUUUGAACUGGGUUCAACUGCCGUGAAUUGGACGACCGGCGAGCUGCCGCCGAGUCCAGCAUCAUAG